AUUCUACCGUCUAUGUCUCUUUGCUGGAAAAUGCACUAUGCUGUCAAGUAUGGGCGAACUUUUAUUGAUUUAGGGUGGAAUAUGAGAAUUGCUGGUGUCUGUUUGUCGGUGAUCUUGUUCGACAAUAUUAUCGAAGAAUUUGCUAAGUGAAUUAAUUUGAUGUGAAUCAGAUCAAGUGAAUAAAAUAUUUUUAAAUGAGGAAAUUGGAUUAUCAGGAAACAUGGAGGGCCGAAGGAUUAGAGGCUCAAUUAGAAGCUGCUCGCGAUGAUCUCCGUGGUCUUGAUCGCAGCAUUCGUAAAAUCCUGGGUCGAGAUCUUCCUGACGGCGAAAACGGUCCACUACAACCGCCUAGAAUAUCUCAAAAAAGACCAUUACAAGAAGAUCGUCGACGAAUUGUAUCAGAACUUAUGAAUAAUGAAUUACCUGGAGGUAAACGACGCUGGCAAAGUUCCAACACUGAACCAAAAACAGUUUUUAGUCGACUAAGUGCACGAGUUCCAUCUAAUGCAGAUGAUAGUGCUGAUGAAGACGAUAGUGUCACUAAGCCCGCUGUGUCGUCUAGAGUAAUAGCUACUCCUCGAGAAAUUCCUUCGCGCCAAGAAGUUAUCAGACGAGAAAGAACAGAUGAGCGUAGUCGACAAAGAAAUAAACGUAUGUUUGGCGCACUUUUGGGUACUUUACAAAAGUUCAGACAAGAGGAAACUAAACUUAAAGCAAAGGAAGAUAAGAAGGCAGAAGUAGAAGCUAGAGUAGAAGAAGCUAAAAGGAGAGAAAAAGAAGAGCUACGGAGGGAAAGGCAACAAUUAUUUUUGUCACGGAAACGACAAUUGGCUGAAGUACGUGCGUUAGAGGCAAAACUUGCGCGAAGUAGACAGUUUCAAGAUUGGCGCAAUGCACAAUUAUUUCUUGCUUCGUUUAUAAAAACACGUGCACAACCUUCCAUUUAUUAUGUACCAAAACGCAAGCAUCCACAGACAGAUAUGUUAUUAGUACAAUCUACAAAAGAACUUUACGAGGAAAUUGAAAAAAGAGAAAAGGCAUUGAUUGACGAACUAAACUUAAUAGAGGUCCAAAUAGGAUUAGGCAAACAUUCACAAAAUUUCGAUGGAUCUGCAUCUUUAAAUACCGUUGUACCUCCGCGCUCGUUAGAAGAGGGUGAAGAAAAUCGAGACCCUAAUCCGGAACAUAGUAUUGAAACUACGAUCGAUAACGUCGCUGUUUCAACAAUGCAAUCUAUGAUAAGUGAAACAUUUAAUGAAGAUCAUGAUAUUGAGAAAAAAGAUGACAUACAACUCGACCAAGUUCAACAAGAUGAAAACAAUGGCUAGUAUCUGUUAUAAUAAAGUUGUACAUAUGCUGUGCACAUUGGAUGGUCCAAUAUAAAAUAAUAAUUUUGGUAGUAAGUUCUUCGAAUAUUAUUUUGAUUGAUAAAGAUAGCAUUCACGGAAGAGAAAAAAGCCGUAUCUAAACUGUAAUCUAUUGUCACAUAAACUUGUAGUAUAAUCUUACAAAAAAGAAGCCUAUUUCUCUGUA